GGCUGGGGCUGAACAGCUCUGUAGGAGGCGGUCACAUGGUAGGGCGGGAGCCAGCCCGCCUUCUCCAGGACUACCCCCAGCCUCAUAUCUGCCAGGCCAACAGCCUCGCUGCCCAGAGCCCAAGAGGUGUACGGGUCCCCCAUACCAACCCCACUAAGCUGCGGGGACUGGUGAGACAGCUGCCAUCGCUAGGCGCAAGAGCCAAGUCAGCCACCACCUCCUACUCCUCCCCUCCCGACCCCAGCAGCUGGAGCUGCAGCAGCAGCAGCGGUGACAGUAGCAGCAGCAACAGCAGCGAAGGCAGCAGCGAAGGCGGCGGCGGCGGCGAAAACAGAGAAGGCAGCAGCCACAGCAGGAGCAGCCACACCAUGGACCUUUCAUUUAUGGCCGCCCAGAUUCCUGUUAUGGGAGGGGCUUUUAUGGAUUCACCAAAUGAAGACUUUAGUACAGAAUACUCCUUGUUUAGCUCAUCGGCCAAUGUGCACACAGCCACUUCAGGGCCAAACCAACUGGAAGACCCACCUCGUUCUUCCAAUGAUGUCAUCUUAUUAUGGAUUGCCAUAAUAGCCACCAUUGGGAACAUUGUGGUGGUAGGCGUUGUCUAUGCCUUCACCUUCUGAGCAAAACAAAGACCAAGCAGCUGGUGAGCGUGAGGCCUGACCCUGCUAAAUGGAAGGAGUGGUGGUAAUCAUGUGUGAAGCAGAAUCCUGCUGGUAUGGACAGCCAGUAACUGUGUGUUUUUCUUCUCCCUAUCCUUGUAGAUAGAAUUAGGCCAUGCUGUGCCAAGAUACUGGUUGCCUCAUCAUUUAGUUCUCACCAAGGUCUACAAAUGAAAGUUGACAAACAGGGCCAGCUUUCAGUUUUUUACACAGUCCUUUCAAAGUCUGAGGGUAAAAACUUGAAUAGUGCUAAAGAUGAGUAUUGUACUUUGAAAAUUCAAUUCGGUUUUGACAGGCAACUGCUAUGCCUUCUAAAGGCUCAAAGUUCAUUUGGAAAACUAGGGGAAACAAAUUAACUUGCACAUUUUUCCUGCUUUUUUCCCCCUUCCAGCUGGAUUUUCUGGGGGGGUUUUGUGGGUGAAGGGACAGAACUUGGGAAAUGAGAUCUGGGAAAUGAGUACUGUAUAACUAAGUUAACUAAAUACAGUUAUACAGUACUCAAAUACUAGUAUUUUUAUGAUAGAAAUAGAUGUUUUCUAUCUCCUUCUGAAAAAUUAGAGAUUGUUGUAACUAGAUACUAUCUUAGAUUUGAUGUUGUCCAAACUCUUCAUUUUCCAGAUUAGAAAAGUGAGGUGCAUACAGGGGUUGCCUAAGGUCACAUAGCUAAUUAACAGUAGAACAGAGAACAGAACCCAGGUUUCCCGGUUCCUCAGCCACUGCUAUUUCCAUUCCCUGGUUUCUCUUUUAGGGAAGGAGAAAUGGUCCUUGAUGAGCUGAUUCAGGGAUACUUAAAACUCUUCCACAUAAAAAAACAGACAGCCCCACUGGUUAUAUUUCAAAGUUUGAAAUGAUCAUGAUAUAAUUUGAUAUCUCUUGAAUAUAUUUUUGCAUGCCUUGUUUUAUUUCCAAUUUCCUUCUGGAAUUAUGCUAGGUAAGACAAUUCCUAGGUGAAAGAAGAGUUCAAGAAUUGCUGAAAGUAGAAUCUCUCCCACUGAGGUUCAAAUCAAAGAGUCCUCUUCUUCCUUCCAUAGAAAUGCUGCUGCCCCCAACAGCCUCAAGACACGUGCAACACCAUGGGAAAUGGAAAAUGAAAGGGAAGGGGAGCCUCUUUCCAGGAACCUAGAGUUCUUUCUCUCAUUAUUAUAGGAGGGGCUACUAUAAGUCUAUCAUGUGGGUAUUGUUUGUGAUUAAGAAAAUUAAAAUAAUCUUCUGCCCUUGGGGCAGCAAUUGUUACUACAGAAAGCUUAAAUUUGCCCAGGCCACCAUCCAGGAGAAUGAAUGAUUUUUUAGGACAGAGAAAGAAACAGCCUAAUUUUACUAGUGACACCAUUAAGGGAUUGCUAUUGAGAAACUAUGGCAACAGAAUUAUCAGUCUGACUGUGCCCACAGAUUGGCUCCAAAAGGGAAUUGGCUAUGUCUCUUUUUUACAGCUGGACAUCCGAGACUGUUAAUAUUCAAGUGGAAGUCUCUGAACAGUUUGCAAAGCAUGGCUCAUUUUAUUAUUGUACUCUAACCACCAGAAAAUCACCUUUGUAUGAAGAAAGAAGAUUUGGUAGGCCAGUUGGGACUCCAGCUUUAUAUUGCUAUGGCUGUGCAAUAUUCUCUGGAUUUGUGGUUUGGCCAUAUUUUCUUAUUUUUUUUAAAGAUUAUUUCAGGUCUGUCCACUCCUAUAUGGGAAGGCUUUCCUGAGCACUGAAGCCUUUCUUACAAGGAUCAUUUAAUUUAUCAGCAAAUACUUAAUGUCUCCUGCAUGUCAGGCACUGCACUAGGCACUAUGGAUGCAAAGACAAAAAUAAUUAAAAAUGAAACAGUCCCUGCUUUCUAGAAGCCCUUUUGAUCACUGCAGGCCUGGAGAGAUAGUGCAAGUUGUUAAUACUCAGGAGAGGUAGUGUCCUGAGACUGUGGAAAACCUCUCUGGACUCUGUAAACAUUUGUCAUUGGCUUGGUUUCCCAUUGCUUUGGAUCACAGGAUCUUAGAGCUAGAAGGAGUUGAAGAGUCCAUCUAAUUCAGCCCCAAUCCAAGGCAUGAAUACCAUUUAUGGUAUCUCCAGCAAGUGGUCAUCUAGCAAUCUGCAAGAAUUCCAUUGGGCCUGAAGGUCUCUUGGAGUCCAAACUGGGUGGGAGAAAGGGACAUAAGAUAAAGAGGGAGAAAGAGAAAAGGAAGCAAUGUGUAGCUCAUAACCUUUGGAGAGCAACUUGGUAAUUUGACACCACCCACUUAAUUAUGGUUUUCUUCUGUCUUCUUAAUCUCUGCUAGGUAUUGAGGAUCCUUAGGAUUUGGGGAACAGAUAUCAAUAAAAUUCAACUCCGUAUAUGAUCCCACUAUUUUCAAGUUCACAUUUAAUCCCUUCUAUUUCCUCAAGUAGACAGAUAAAAUAAAGAUGGUAGUUGUAUAAUAAUAAUAAUGGUAAUAGUUAUAACUGACAUUUAUACGAAACCUUAAGAUUUGCAAAGAAUUUUAUACAUAUCUCAAUCUCAUUUGAUCCUCACAACAAUUCUGUGAGGUAGGUGCUAUUAUUAUUAUCAGUGACCAAUUAAUGACAAAAGGAAGUGAGGUGUGAUUUUCAGCACAUGUAACCAAAGUGAGUUAGAAUUAAGCUAUUAGGAGUCAGAUGAUUUCGUUAGUUUAGCCAGUCACCUUUUGGCUGAUAAAACAUGACCUGUUUCAGCCAGAGAAAGUAGAUCCCUAAUUCAAAUGGCCCUUCAUUUUUAAAAGGCUAAGCUACCAAGUGAUCACCAAAGGGCUUCAAAACCAGUAGAUCCAUGCAGCCCUGAGUUUAGGUAAUUGAGAAAAUAGUUUGUGGAUCUUGGCCUAAACUGGGCCUGGGUAUGUCAUUAGCAGCUAACAAACAUUAACUCCAAAUGGCAGAAUAGAGCAAAUGAGAGAAAUUUCAUAGGACCCUAUGACUUAUAGCUAGAAGACAUCUUAGAAAUUACCUAAUCUUACCCCAUAAUUUUCCAGGGAGUAAACUGAAGCUUAGGGAAGUCAAUUGGUUUGUUUAAAUUCACAGAGGUAGUAAGCAGAAUCAGAAUUUAAACCUAGAUCCAGUGAUUCCAAAUUCAUUAUUCUUGGGUAGGCAGAUUUAAAUUCAAUAUGAUGUAGGACUUUUCUAAUAAUCAGAGAUAUCCAGCAGUACUAUGGAAUACAUUAGAAUAGAUAAUGAGCUCCCUAACAGUGAAUAUUCAGUUCCAUUUAAGAACGAUUUAUUAAAUAUUUAUGGUGUGUAAGCAUUGUUGUAGACACUUGAAAAACAAAAAUUAAAAAGAAAGUCCCUUCCCUCACAUUCAAUUGGAAGGUUGUACCAUAUGUACACAGAUAAGUAAUGAAGUGAUUGGAGGAUGGGUUCAGGGAAAAACUGUAACACCUGGGAAAGUUAGGAAAGCCCCAGUAAGCGGUGGUACCUGAGUUGAGCCUUGAAGGCAGUAAGGAGUACCAAGAAGCAAAGAUGAAGAGGGAGAGCAUUACAAGCACUCUCUACAAAAGCAUGGAAGUGAUUCAUGUUUAAAUAUUAAGGACAUAAUAGAGGAGAUUCCCUCACCAAAUGAACCUUAAGUUCUUUUAAACUUUGAGAUUUUUAUCUUGAUGCACAAGAUUAUUUGUAGGAUUGUAGAACCCCAAAUAGGAUCAUAGAUUCCUAAAUCCUUUAGCUCUCAGAGCUUGGGUGUUUCAGACAUAUGGGUCUGUUCCUUCACUUCCAGUUACAGAAUAUUGACUGUCAGAGUCUGCCAUGGAUUAUACUAAACCCUAAGAACUCAUGGAGGUAACUCUAGUCAUUAGGGCAUUUUCCUGAUCUUUCCUACCUUGCCACCAGUGCUAUACAUGGGAUAGAUUGCCCCAUGUUUCAUAAGAUUCCCUCGUUGGGCAGUCCUACAUAUCUUAUAAUCCUUGUUUCUAAGGUGACCUUUUCUCCUUUUCCAAAAGGAAUAUUUUUAACCAUGUAUUCUUCACACCACUCUUGCAUAUGGACUAUGGAAGAAUAAAUGUAUGGGCAUGUU